UGGUAACGGUUAUUACAACACUCGUACGAUCAAACAAACAAACUAACAAAAUAUAGGGAUCGAUCGAUCGCGCUAAUAACAUAUUCAAACUAAUAAUAAAUAAAUACUUUUUCAUUCAUUCAUUGAGUGAUUGAGUGAGUGAGUGGGAAACGCGCCAAUUCAAACGUUUUUCUAUAUUUUUUGUUCAAUAUCAAUUGUAAGAGAUUAAUGACAGACAGAAAUAAUCACAGUGCAUAAAAAAUAUUUAUUUAAAAAGAUCUACAGCAAUAACAGUAACACAAAACCAAGAUGAAAUUACAAAAAUUAAAGGUGAUCGCAUUCGUUGUCACUGCUCUUACAACCGUAUGUCUAGUCAAUGCUCAAUACCCCCCACAACGCUUGGCAAUACCUGGAGCAGCACCUGCACCUGUGGCACGACCAGUUGUGCGCGUAAGGCGGCCGGUGGCAGUAAAAUCACAAAACUAUGUCCAAAACAAUAUAGCUCCUCGUGUAAUUGCAGAAUCCAAACCAGUCACUGAAUCGGGAGAAGACGAAGUACCCGAUGCGUAUUUGCCCCAACUUUUGAGAGAGCAGCAAUUGGCUCAGGUGCAACAAGCACAAUUUCAACAAACGGCAGAUGCUUUUCUUAACAGCGAACAAAAUGCUAUACACGAAGCGCCCAUUUCACAUUUAUUGAGCAAUGAUGAACCAUUGGUCGGCAGUAACCCCUUCUCUACAAGAUUCCCCGAACGACCAUCCCCACCGACUACUCCCAGUGCCAAGCAAGUGUUUAAUGAUUUCGGCAUCGGUUCCAAUAUUAUCAAUAGCCCCAGAUUCAGUCAAGACAGACCACAAGCACCUCCUCAGUCACCACCACCACAACAACGAGAACGCGUUCAUGUUAUUCGGAACAGACCUACAGAGGUAAGGGAAACAAGACCACAAUAUGUUGCCCAACCUGCUCCAGUCCAAUCGCGACCUAGACCAAAACCCAUACAAUCUCGUCCGGUUUUAGAGCAAAAUCAAAUACCAUUGCAAGAAAGAGACUCACAACAAAGUUCCAGGCGUCAACGUCCAGUAGCUCAAACCAUACGAAAAUGGCGCGAAGAAAAUGAAGACGGCAGUAUUACCUGGGGUUAUGAAAACGAUGACGGCUCUUUCAAGGAGGAACUUAUUGGCACUGACUGUGUAACAAAAGGUACUUAUGGCUAUGUUGAUCCUGAUGGCAAUAAACGUGAAUACCAUUAUGAGACCGGUAUCAAAUGCGACCCCAACAAGCGCAACGAGGAUGCAGAACUUCAAGACAAUGGCUUCAUUAAUUAUGAAGAAAACCGAGCAGUCCUACCGAAUGGCAUCGAAAUCGAUAUGUCACAGCUGGGCAAAAAGAAAUCAAAACGACCAGGAGUAAAUUAUAGAAACUAAUGUUCAUUAAAAACAGGGACUUGAUACGAUUCUAGAGUCAUCAAGUAUCGCCAGCUCCCAAAUAGUUUAUAAGACUUGCAUUACAUUAUUUACGUUGUGUAUAUUUUACUUUCAUUGUUUUAGAUUUUAUUAAAAAAUUAUAAUAAACUAAGAAAUCUAAA